AUGAUGGCGACAGUGCGCCGCGUUAUGUGUGUGCUUGCUCUCGCGCUUUGCUGUGUGGCCUUGUGCGUGGCUGCGGAGCCCCAGCAGGAGCCGCUGGAGAAAUACGUGAGCCGUGCAUCGCCCCACAGUGGUGGUGUGCCGUCUGCCACGGCGCAAGUUGGACACGCCAGGAGGGGUGCAGUGAAGGCCGUGGAGGCAUCAGUGAGUCGUCUGGAGCCGGGGUCUGCGAUGGCUGCGUCGAGUAAUACUCUGAGACUCACUUUGGCGGCGAAGGAGGUAGCGGAGAAUGCCAAAACUGAUGCUGUUGCAGCCGUACAUGCAGUUGAAAAGGCUUUGACUAACUUAAUGGCAACCAAUUCGACAGUGAAAGUGGCUUAUGAAGCAUUGAGCAAACUGAAUAAAUCAUUGGCUGUUUCUGGGAAGAAGUAUGGUAUGUUCAAGAAUAGUGCUGAAUUUAAAAAGGGAGGUUUCAGAUGCGGCCAAAAAAACCAAUGA